GCCAGGAAGUCGCCGCCGACGCGGGGAGCGAGGAGCCGACCCCGCGCGCGCGCGCGCCCGGGUGGUUGGUUGAUCCCUCGGCCUCCAUCCAUGCCCGUGGCGGCCGGACCAGUUCGUCCGUCGAGCCGGGAUCGCUGCUGCUAAGGCAGAGGCGCAGAAGGAAGCGGAAGCGUUAGCCACGCCACCACCCACGCGGACGGCAGUAAUGGACGGCAACCACUUGCCCCCCUCCCAACAACCGCCGCCGGCGCAGCCGGAGCGGCGCAGCAGCUUCAACUACGACAUCGAGAGCACGGACGCCGCAUGGCGCGGCACGCACACGGCGUCGGAGGCGCUGAUGCGGUAUGACGACGACGGCCCGCGCGAGCCGCUGCUGCGGAAGCGCACCACGAACACUACCUCCCAGAUCGCCAUCGUCGGCGCCAACGUCUGCCCCAUCGAGAGCCUUGACUACGAAAUUGUGGAAAACGACCUUAUCAAGCAAGAUUGGCGAUCACGAAAGAAGCAGCAAAUAUUCCAGUAUAUUGUUCUGAAAUGGUCCCUAGUUCUUCUCAUUGGCUUGUGUACGGGACUUGUUGGCUUCUUCAACAACCUUGCAGUUGAAAACAUUGCUGGGUUCAAACUGUUGCUCACAAGUGAUCUAAUGCUCCAGAAGAGGUACUUCACAGCCUUUCUGGCAUAUGGAGGCUGCAAUUUAGUCUUGGCAGCCAGUGCUGCAGCAAUCUGCGCUUACAUAGCUCCUGCUGCUGCUGGGUCUGGUAUCCCUGAAGUUAAAGCAUACCUUAAUGGAAUUGAUGCUUACGCUAUAUUAGCUCCUAGCACACUCUUUGUGAAGAACUCCCAUUCAAGGACUACUAGGCCAUAUGAAGCUGAAUCGACAGGCUUUUUUUUAUACUUGGAGAGCAGCCAUACUACCUUGAGCUACAACAAAUUCAAAAGAGUGUCAUUGCUGAUAUUUGGUUCAAUACUUGGAGUUUCAGCUGGAUUUGUACUUGGAAAGGAAGGUCCGAUGGUACAUACAGGAGCAUGCAUUGCUAACUUGCUUGGUCAAGGGGGGUCACGCAAGUACCAUCUUACAUGUAACUGGCUCAGAUAUUUUAAGAAUGACAGAGAUAGGCGGGAUUUGAUUACUUGUGGGUCUGCUGCUGGUGUUGCAGCAGCAUUCCGUGCACCUGUUGGUGGUGUGCUCUUUGCUCUUGAGGAAGCAGCAUCAUGGUGGCGAAGUGCUCUCCUAUGGAGAACAUUUUUUACAACUGCUGUUGUUGCUGUUGUAUUGAGGGGCCUGAUCGGGUUCUGCCGUAGUGGAAAAUGUGGUCUCUUUGGUCAAGGAGGGUUGAUUAUGUUUGAUCUUAGUGCAACCAUACCUACUUACAGUGCUCAAGAUGUCGUUGCAAUUAUUGUUCUUGGGAUCAUCGGAGGGGUCUUUGGAGGCCUGUUCAACUUUCUCUUGGAUAAGAUUCUCCGUGCCUACAGUUUUAUCAAUGAGAAAGGUGCUCCAUACAAGAUCCUUCUUACAAUCACAAUAUCGAUUAUCACAUCAGCAUGCUCGUAUGGGCUCCCUUGGCUCGCUCCAUGCACUCCAUGCCCAGCUGAUGCUGUGGAGCAAUGCCCCUCCAUUGGACGCUCUACAAACUAUAAGAAUUUUCAGUGCCCACCAGGUCACUACAACGGUCUUGCAUCACUUUUCUUUAACACAAAUGACGAUGCCAUACGCAAUCUGUUCAGCAGUGGUACCGAGAAAGAAUUCCAAAUGUCAACUCUUUUUGUCUUUUUCACUGCCAUUUACUGCCUUGGACUUGUGACGUACGGUAUUGCUGUCCCAUCUGGUCUUUUCAUCCCUGUUAUACUUGCUGGGGCUACAUAUGGGCGCAUAGUGGGGACGCUGCUUGGUCCAAUAUCAGACCUUGAUCCUGGACUCUUUGCACUUCUCGGUGCGGCAUCUUUCCUUGGUGGAACAAUGAGGAUGACCGUCUCAGUUUGUGUGAUACUUCUGGAGCUCACAAAUGACCUCCUUAUGCUACCGUUGGUCAUGCUCGUUCUUCUGAUAUCGAAGACUAUAGCGGACAGCUUCAGCAAAGGAGUUUAUGACCAAAUCAUAGUGAUGAAAGGAAUGCCGUUCCUGGAGGCUCAUGCCGAACCAUACAUGAGGCACUUGGUUGCUGGUGAUGUUGUAUCUGGACCACUGAUCUCCUUUUCAGGCGUUGAGAGAGUGGGUAACAUUGUUCAGGCGUUGAGGAUCACAGGCCACAAUGGAUUUCCUGUGGUGGAUGAACCACCUCUAUCAGAGGCUCCAGAGCUCGUUGGACUCGUGCUUAGGUCCCAUCUGCUGGUCCUGCUGAAAGGCAAGGGCUUCAUGAAAGAUAAGGUGAAAACCAGUGGUAGCUUCGUGCUGAAAAAGUUUGGUGCCUUUGAUUUUGCCAAGGCUGGGUCUGGAAAAGGUCCGAAGAUCGAGGACCUGGAUUUCACAGAUGAGGAAAUGGAUAUGUAUGUUGAUCUCCAUCCAAUUACAAAUACCUCGCCGUACACAGUGGUUGAGACCAUGUCACUCGCGAAGGCUGCGGUCCUUUUCAGGGCACUAGGAUUGAGACAUCUGUUGGUUGUGCCAAAGACCCCAGGGAGACCACCUAUCGUCGGAAUCCUGACGAGGCACGAUUUCAUGCCGGAGCACAUUCACGGGCUGUUCCCGAAUGUCCACAAGUCACACUGAGGAAGUAUCAAGCAUAUGUUUUGUUUGCUAUUUCUUGCCUUGUAGCUUAGCUGUAUGCAGAGAAAGCUGCCUUGUGCAAUAUUUGGUGCCCCCAUCUGGCAUUUUGUUUGCCAUCUGUCAUUUUGUUUUCCCUUUUGUAUUUAUUACAGAGUACUCCAAGAUCUUAAAACUGUGGAAUAAUAUUGUAUUCGUUGUAAAGAGCUGAUCUCACACAUCAGCAAUUGAAUGGAUUUUUGCAGUCCAUCUUAUAGAUUUUCAAUAA